AUGGAUGAAAUUUAUAAGAUCGCUUCCACAGAAAGGAUCCAGCAGUUAGAAAAAGAACUGGCUAUGCACCUGACUGACCUGAAGUCUGAGAUAGAAGAACGGGAGACUCAUCGAGCUUACAGCUCUGUUCAAAUACCAAAAGACAUUUCUUACUUUAGAAGAGAAAGGGAACUGGCUCUAAAGAAAACCUUACAGGUGGCGGAGUCAAAGCCCCUUGUUGUUCAAGCAGAUGUCAUGCAGAGGGAGCUAGAGAGCUGUCUAAGAAGAGAGUACACCCCUGAAAAUUUACCUUUGCUUCUAUUGCAGUAUUAUACAGAGAGAAUUACCCAGCUGGCCCAGAGUAAAUAUUUACACAUGCUUAGAUGGAAGAGGUUUUGCCAGCACAGUAAGAUUAUGGAGCAACUUUAUCCUUUUUACAAGAAACAAGUUGCCUACAUUAUGGAGGAGUACAAUGAUGCCCUUCAGAGAGCUGAAAGAUUGUCUGUUGCCCGAGAAAAUUUCCUUACGGGAAAAAAUAAUCCUUCUAACUUAGUGACACAAGAAGACCUGACAAUUUAUACAAAGUGGUUUGUGUGUCACCUACAUUCACUCAGGACUAUUCACCACUACCUACAGUCCCUCCAGUAUUUGCCUAUCUCCAAAAUGUUGAAUAUAGCUGUCAAUGAAGGUCCUGAGGCUGAUCAGGAGAAUGAAAGGGUCUGGGUCAAUGACAUCGACCCUAACAUCCAGGGUUGUGCAUCUCCGGGCCCGGUGAAUACCAGGAUUUCAGGGCUGACGAGAAGAGAAGCUGCUUUUUUCCUGCCCCAACACGUGACUGAAAGAGAAGAACUGACACCUCAGCUGGGGGUUCUGCUCUCCCAUUUCGAUAUCCCCCAUGACUUGGAAGAGCUGAGAGAUGCUGCUCAGGAAAUCGAACUUUUUAAUUUGGUUUCCCAAAAAUUUCAAAGCAUCUUCAUGGAGCAACAGACAAUGCAAACAUUUCCAGAAUAUGAUGCUGAGAUAGAUAAAGUAGAGAACUUGGGUUUGGCAGGACCUGAUUAA